UCAAGCCAAGAUAAAUAUUUCUGGACAGCUGGGAUACAACUGGCUUUGCUGCAUUCCGAAAAAGGAAAGAGGGAUUUAAGUCAUAUAAAGCAGAGAUUUUGUAUUAGGACUUGUAGAAGGGGUUGUCUUAAGACUUCCCAAAUAUCUGAAGUACCCACAGGAAUUGAGUGAUUAAUGCUGUUUUCUUUGAAGGAGGAACAAGUGCUUAAGAAGUAAAGUUGAUUAUCUUUUGAGCAUUUUUUCCCCAUAUCUGUCCUGAUUCCAUCAAGGCCAAAAUGAAGCCAGAACAAGAAGAGGUGCGCCAUCCAUUGGUCUCUGUUAAGGGGAUCCCCAUGAUAAAGUAUUUUGCAGAAGUCUACAAUGAAGUGGAAAGAUUCCAAGCACAUCCUGAUGAUUUACUGAUCUCUACAUACCCCAAGUCUGGAACUACCUGGGUCAGUGAAAUUAUAGACAUGAUCUAUAAAGAAGGCAUUCUUGAAAAAUGUGCACUUGAACCCAUCUACGUGCGAGUCCCUUUCUUGGAAUUUGCUUUCCCUGGUCUCCCUGCAGGCCCUGAACUGCUCAGGGAAGCACCCCGUCCAUGUCGAAUUAAGACACACCUUCCUGUCCACCUGCUCCCCAAAUCUUUCCUGGAAAAGAAUUGCAAGAUCAUCUAUGUAGCCAGAAAUGCCAAAGAUGUGGCUGUCUCAUUUUAUUACUUCUACCAAAUGGCAAAAGUGCACCCGGAGCCUGGAACAUGGGAAGAAUUUCUGGAGAAAUUUAUGGAUGGAAAUGUGUCUUUUGGAUCCUGGUAUGAUCACGUCAAAGGUUGGUGGGACAUUAAGGAAAAACACAGGAUUCUGUACCUCUUUUAUGAAGAUAUGAAAGAGGAUCUAGAACAAGAGAUUCGAAAGAUAAUGGAAUUCCUAGAACGACCAGCUGAUGAAAACCUAAUUAAGAAGAUUGCAUAUCACACCUCCUUCAAAGAGAUGAGUCAGAACCCAAUGGCUAAUUAUACAAAUGUUCCCAUUUCUUUUAUGGAUCACACCAUCUCUCCUUUCAUGAGGAAAGGAGUUGCUGGUGACUGGAAGAACCAAUUCACAGUGGCACAAAAUGAACAUUUCGAUGAGAAUUACAAGAUGCAAAUGAAAGGAACUAGGCUACAGUUUCGAACAGAGAUAUGAUUGUUGUUUCCCCUCCUCCUUGAGUUUGCAUUCCCCCACUCACAAUUAAAAAAAUCAAACCCUAAACAUUU